AUGCGUGAACUUGAGAUUAAGGAGAAAGAGAUAGCAGUGCAACAAGCUCUAGGUGUUGCAGCACCUGUUACUAACAAAGGAGAUCAGAAAUAUAGUAAGUUACCAAAAUUUAUUGAAGGUCAAGACCCAGAUGUUUUUUUGAAGUCUUUUGAGAAACUAGCAGCCUUGCAUAAAUGGGCAAAGUCUGAAUGGCCAGUUCGUAUUGUGCCAUUAUUGAGUGGUAAGGCAUUAGAGGCAUACUCUCGUUUAAGUGAUGCUGAUGGUGGUAAUUAUGACAAGAUUAAAGAUGCAAUUCUAAAAAGGUAUGAGUUAACUGCAGAAGCCUACAGGGAAAGAUUUAGGUCUGCUAUUCAGGAAAAAGACGAGUCAUUUAGAGAAUUCAGGGUUAAGCUAGAAAGGUAUUUAGCACAUUGGUUUGAACGUGAGAGUGUUGGUAACAGUUAUGAAAAACUGUUGGAUUUGAUGUUGCGUGAGCAAUUACUCCAAACUUGUAGUAAGGAUUUAAGGCUUUGGGUUAAUGAGCACAAGCCUAAAUCUGCUCAUGAAGUUGUUGAUUUAGCUGAAUCCUAUCAAGUGGCUCACAAGAUUGAGAGUCUUGUAUCAGAUGAUGCUUUCAAGAUGAAACCUCAAUCAGGUAAUAAUAGUGGUCAAACCAGAGGCUUACAGAAGGAUCUAGGAAAGAGUAAGGAUUUCAGAAAACCGUUCAUGUCUCAGAAUAACAGUAAACCUAAAACUUGUUACAUUUGUCAUAAACAAGGACAUUUGAGUUAUGAUUGCACUGAAAAGAAAGGUACGGAAAAAGGUAAGAAAGGUAGCUUUGGACUUUGUGUAGACAAAGAUAAAGUUUUAGAGUGUGUACAAAGGAAGGAUGUUGAUGAAGGUAAAGUUGUGAAAUUAUCAGGAGUAGCUGUAAAUGCAAAAUUUGAUGAAGGUAAGGGUCCUGGUAUAGAAAUUGUAAAAGGUACAGUUGAAGGUAAGCCAGUAUCAGUUUUACGUGACACCGGCAGUUCCACAGUUUUUGUACAUGGUAGUCUUGUAGAAGGGAUGGAGAGAACAGGUAAAAUGAAAGAUAUCUGGUUAGCAGAUGGAUCUGUCAGAAACUGUGAAGAGGUAUGGAUCAAUGUUACUACACCAUAUAUAUCUGGUUCAGUGUUGGCACUGAUUUUAGACAUACCAUUUGCGGACUUAGUUAUAGGUAAUUAUGUAAAUACCUCUGUUCCUAAAGAUGUAUGCACUGAAAAAGUAGAAAACGAUGGUAAGAAUAUUGAUCAAAACACAUGCCAGGCUGUACAAACAAGGGCCAAGAAGAAACAAGAAGACGAAAAAGAAGAAAAGAUACAAGUAAGUAUAGACAAGUUAAAUGAACAUGUAACAGAUAAUAUAUUACCACAGGUAGGUAAGAUGUAUAGCAGAGAUGAGUUAAAAUUAGCUCAAGCUGACGACAAAUCUUUGAAUAAGGUAAGGAGCUUAGUUCAGGAAAAUCCAGGACAACAGUCAUCCUAUUUCAUAAUGAAGUCAGGAAUACUAUACAGAGUAUAUGUGACUCCCAGUGAGGAAGAGAUAUAUCAGGUUGUUUUACCACAGAAGUAUAGGGCCAUAGUACUGGAACUUGCUCACGAUAUUCCUCUUUCAGGCCAUCUUGGUAUAAAGAAAACUAGGGAUAGAAUAUUACAUCAUUACUUUUGGCCAGGUAUGUUUGAGGAUGUGGCUAUGUAUUGUAAAUCAUGUCAUGUUUGCCAGUUGAGAAGUACAAAAGGUAAGUCAGCAAAGGUACCGCUAGUGAGUAUUCCUCCAAUAGAUGUACCUUUUCGUCGAAUUGCUAUUGACUUUGUUGGACCAUUACCGGUUACAGAACGAAAAAAUAGGUAUAUUUUGGUAAUUGUGGACUGUGCCACUCGAUACCCAGAAGCUGUUGCCUUGAGAAGCCAAGAUGCAGAGACAGUUGUUGACUCAUUGAUGGAAGUAUUUUCUAGAGUAGGUUUCCCUGAAGAGUUACUUUCGGACCAAGGAUCAAAUUUUAAGUCGUCACUUAUGUUGGAAGUAUGCAGACUUUUAACGGUUGAAAAGAAGGUAUCCAGUGUUUACCAUCCUCAGACGAAUGGAAUGUGUGAGAAAUUCAAUGGUGUUUUGAAACGUAUGUUGAAAGCCUAUGCUUCACUAGAACCAAAGACAUGGGAUAAGUACCUGGUAUAUGUAUUAUUUGCUUAUAGGGAGGUACCAAAUGAUACUACAGGUUUUUCGCCAUUUGAGUUAUUGUAUGGUCGAAAUGUAAGAAGACCACUGUCUGUCUUGAAAGAACAAUGGGAAGAACCAGAGGAUUGCCAAUCGUCUGUACUUAGCUAUUUGAUUGAAACUCGAGAGAGACUGAAAAUGUUAUCUGAGUUAGCACACCAGAAUGAAAUGAAUGCAAAACAGGUACAGAAGAGGUAUUACGAUAAGAAGGCAAGAUCGAGAGAGAUUGAGGUUGGUACUAAGGUAUUAGUUCUACUUCCCACUAGUGAAAGUAAACUUUUGGCUCAGUGGAAAGGGCCUUACGUUGUUACAGAUAAGGUAGGACCAGUAGAUUAUAAAGUCAAGGAAAUUUAUAUCAAACAAAGUAUUCUGCAUCAAUCACAGACCUCACUAAGAAGGGCUUGCCAAACAAGGUAA